UGUGUGUAUGUAUGUGUGUGUAUGUGUGUAUGUAUGCGUGUAUGUGUGUGUGUAUGUGUGUGUGUGUAUGUAUGUGUGUGUGUAUGUGUGUAUGUGUGUAUUUAUCAGAAAAAUGGCAGCCAAGCUGGCUGCCAGUGGAGGUGAUAUGCUCAUGCUGUCUGGUGACACCAUCUGCUCAUUAGCUGUAUUUUUAAGUUCUCACAACAAGCCCACUGCAAGUCCCGACAUUUAUUUUUAAAAAAUGAGUUUCAGCAUUUUUAAAGAGAGGAAUUUGUCAUUACAGUAUUUAUUUUUCUGAACAUACUCAAGUUUAUUUUAAAAGGCCCAAUUAAGAAAAGUGAUAGUGGCUCAGUUAGAUUUAUCAAAAUCACAUUCUUGAAGAUCUUGUGUUCCCCGUGGGACAGAUGCUGUUCCCUAGGUUUAUUAAGUUCUUAUUCUUACAAAAUUAAAAAGCCGUAUCAUCUCUAGAAUGUCUGAGAAAUCAUUAAAGUGAGAUAUCGAGAAAUUGGUUAUUUUUCUUUGGUUUAUGGCCCCUCAGUGGUCAUAUCUCACUCUAGACACUGGGCAACGUUACAUUCUUUCCUUUUCUACCCCCCAUCAAGGCCUGAUCUGUGUUACUAUUAAUAAUACAACAAUAUUAUUACCUUCCAGAUGGUUGUCUGGUUAGAUAACAGUAGAAAUCUUUGGUAGUUUAGUUCCAUUCACGUUUCUAAUGGAUCCUUUAUGACAAAAAGGAGGGGGAAAGAGGCACAGAUGGACAGUCCUUCACAGACAGAUGGACAGUACUUCAUGACAACUGUGUACCACUGAGGCUUGGAGAAACAGAAACGUGAAGAGAUCUCAGGGAGAAGGGAGACACAGGUACCAAUUUAAAAUGUGCUUUUGUUCUCGCGGAACGCCCUGGUACAUCACUGCCUUCGGAGAGCUAACACUGCAGGAAAUUCCGAGGCUGAAUUCACAGUUACCUGUGAGGUAAGCGUUUUGCAGAGCCUUAUGGGAGCCUGUCACAGGGAGCUCAGUGGGUGUAGGGAGACAUGCACAUGUCCCUGGGGAGAGAGACUGAAGGGCCAGAAGCGUUACUAGGAGAAUUGAGGAAAGACAGAUGUUUCAGGCAGAGGAAAGCACAUGCGGUGACCACGAUGUGAAGGGCUCACGAAGAGAACCAAGUGGCGGGAGCAUGGCAUCCAAAAAUUGGGUGCUAUUCACAAAAUACCUUUGAGCUCUUGUGAAGAAUCUAACACUUGAGAGAGACAGGUGAUAACAUUCAAAUUUUGAGAGAUUGCUCUGCUGCCCCACAGGAAUGGGUUUCCAGGAAAGAAUGGGUCACACUCCCUCCCUUUUCUCAGAGGCCUCUCUUUUGGUUUUACACGAAGCAGUCACCAGCAUCAAGGAAGGAUUUCAUGUGAGGAGCUCAGGUCCACGGACUUGCAGGAUGAUGAAGUGACGACCGUUCAGGUGAAGGAGCAGGAGCAGAACGUCCUGGUGCUGAGGAAGGUGCAGUGCUGUGGCCCGGCCCCCCCUGCCGGCAGCGCCGACAGCGAUUGGAGAUACGUGGUCGUGUCCGGGACCCCCGAGAAGAUUUUGGAGCAUCUUUUGAAUGACUUGCACCUGGAAGAAGUCCAGGACAAAGAAACAGAGACCCUCCUUGAUGACUUCCUUCUCACAUACACUGUCUUCAUGACAACUGAUGACUUGUGCCAGGCGCUGUUGAGGCACUAUUCUGCUAAGAAGUAUCAAGGCAAAGAAGAAAACUCGGAUGUUCCUUGUCGGAAACGUAAGGUCUUGCAUCUCGUGUCCCAGUGGAUUGCUCUCUACAAAGACUGGUUACAUGAAGACGAACAUUCAAAAAUGUUCCUAAAGACCAUAUACAGGAAUGUACUGGAUGAUGUCUAUGAAUAUCCAAUACUUGAAAAAGAAUUGAAAGAAUUUCAGAAGAUACUUGGAAUGCACCGUCGUCACACCGUAGAUGAAUAUUCACCACAAAGGAAGAAUAAAGCCCUUUUCCACCAAUUCAGUCUUAAGGAAAACUGGCUCCAGCAUAGAGGAACUGUGACUGAAACAGAGGAAAUUUUUUGCCACGUGUACAUUACGGAGCACUCCUAUGUCAGUGUGAAGGCAAAAGUUUCCAGUACCGCGCACGAGAUCCUGAAGGUUGUGGCAGAAAAGAUCCAACAUGCGGAAGAAGAUCUGGCCCUGGUGGCCGUCGCGUUCUCUGGGGAAAAGCAUGAACUUCAGCCAAGUGACUUGGCCAUCUCCAAAUCCCUUGAAGCAUCUGGUCGGAUAUAUGUCUACCGAAAAGACCUAGCUGACACUUUGAACCCAUUUGCAGAAAAUGAGGAAUCACAGCAAAGGUCGAUGAGGAUUUUGGGAAUGAACACUUGGGAUCUUGCUCUGGAAUUAAUGAAUUUUGACUGGAGUCUCUUCAAUUCAAUUCACGAGCAAGAGCUGAUCUACUUCACCUUCAGCCGGCAAGGCAGUGGGGAGCACACGGCCAACCUCAGCCUCCUGCUGCAGAGAUGCAACGAGAUCCAGCUCUGGGUGGCCACGGAGAUUCUGCUCUGCGCUCAGCUGGGCAAGCGGGUGCAGCUGGUGAAAAAAUUCAUCAAAAUCGCUGCACACUGCAAAGCCCAGAGAAACCUGAAUUCUUUUUUUGCUAUUGUGAUGGGUCUCAACACUGCUUCUGUUAGCCGGCUGUCGCAGACCUGGGAGAAAAUCCCUGGGAAGUUUAAGAAACUUUUCUCUGAACUUGAAAGUUUAACAGAUCCUUCCCUGAAUCACAAAGCCUACAGAGAUGCAUUCAAAAAGAUGAAACCACCCAAAAUCCCAUUCAUGCCGCUGUUGCUUAAAGAUGUAACAUUUAUUCAUGAAGGAAAUAAAACAUUUUUGGAUAAUCUUGUCAAUUUUGAAAAACUGCACAUGAUUGCCGACACUGUCCGAACGCUGAGACACUGCAGGGCUAAUCAGUUUGGAGGUGACGUGUCUCCAAAGGAGCACCAAGAGUUAAAAGCCUACGUGACUCACCUGUAUGUCAUUGACAGCCAGCAGGCCCUGUUCGAGCUGUCGCACAGGAUCGAGCCUCGGGCGUGAGCCCCCACCCCACCGCCUCGCCGUCCUGUCACUGCAGCACUUGGAGCUGUGGGCAUGUCGGUGCUGAGCGCGUUGCCUUCCUGUGAGAAAAGAAGUUGCUGAGUUUUAUCAGCGUAAGACGCACACGGGAAAGCCAAG